AUGCAAUCAAUCGUUGCAAGAACCAAUGCCGCUGGCUUAGUCGGCCCGGAACUGGGAACCGACAUUCGCUGGAUCAAGGCAGUUCAAGCGUUUCCCAUGGCCAUACUUCUUGGUAUUACCUUCUCUAGCAUGGCCCCACGCCUAUUUCGACCGCUGAUAAAUCUAAUUGUCUUCAUUCCUGCCUGGUGUAUAUACUGGUACAUGAGGUUGCUGCUACGUUCAAUGACGCGACAAGAAUUCCGCGACUACGAGCGAGCAUCCGAUGUAGAAGCCAAAACGAAGUUGUUGGAAGCUACUCCUGAUAAGAAGUUCCCCAUUACUGCAUGGAUCAUGUCUCGGUACAAGUCCCACGAACGAAGCCCAGAACAGAUCGCUCACGACUUUAUCGUCGCCUCGUUCGAGUCAACACCCUCAACUGCGGGAACCAUAUACUUCGUGAUGGCGGAGCUGGUCACACGGCCAGAGCUGGUCGAGGAGUUGCGGGAAGAAAUUUUGUCAGUGUCAGUCGACGGGCGCCUGCCGCAAACCCAACUUAACGAGCUGGAGAAGCUCGAUAGUGUCCUCAGAGAAUGCUCUCGUACAAAUCCAUUUGGCCAUAUGGCAUUAUUUCGCAUGUUACGCCAACCUGUCAAGCUUUCUUUGGGGCCUGAACUUCCCAGCGGGUCUGUAAUUUGCGUCGAUGUACAUCAAAUCCCAAUCUCCGAGUCCUUGUGGGACAGACCCGAGGCCUUUGAUCCGAUGCGGUUCUAUAAUCUACGCCGGAAGCCUGGAAAUGAGUCGCGAUAUCAUUUUACGAGCCUCAGUUCAGAUACGCCAGGCUGGGGGGAUGGCCCGCAAGCCUGUCCUGGUCGGACCUUUGCAGCAAGCACACUUAAGAUCACGUUGGCCCAUUUGAUUAUGAACUAUGAUUUCCAACUACCUUUCGGUGGGCGCAAGCCAAAGAGAGAUUCCAUGCCGAACGGCUCAAUGAAGCCUGACAUGAUGGCGCAGAUCAUGUUCAGAGAGCGUGAACAGACCAAUAGAUCAACAUAG